AUGAACUUGCCCUCUCAGGAUUACAGGCGUCAGGGUCUUAAAACCCUUCAGUCAGACCAUCAGGAGCAAAAGCCAUUGAAACGAACCAUUGAGCCAAUCGCUUCACGCCUUGAUGAUGAUAUCUAUUCGGCAAAAUCUCUAUGUUUUCGUCAUCUUAAGAAUCUUUAUACCAUUUUUGCAAAGACGUGUUGUCCAGCAGUUGUGCUAUUUUUUCUAGUGCCUGCUGUAUUUCCUCCAUUUUUUGUUUCAAAAUUUUAUGUGGACACCAUGGGUUUACUUGCUCCUUCCUCUGAAAUAUAUGGACUUCAGCUUGCUAGUAGCGAGGUUAUGCAUCCUCCAAUUGUCACAUACCCCAGUGAGAUGGACGGCAUCCCCAGGAAUCGCUUGCCAGUUUUUGGUCUUGCUUCGUACAAAUAUAAAGAUUCAUUGUGGACUUCGAAUGCCGGAUGUCAAUGCCAAUCGGCAAACUCCCUCUUGCAGGCUGUUGAUGAUUGGCUGACGUUACGAUACGUCAACCACCCAGAUUUCCUUUUCUUCUGCCGUUGA